CUUGUCGUACAGAAGAUGUUAGAAAGUUGAGAACUUUAUCAUUGAUACAUUUUAAAUCUAGGAGAGGAUUCUGACAACAUAGUUAUUACUAGGUAGCAGUAACAAAGUACCUUGGGAAGACGGAACUGUGUGAGUGGUAAUCAGGGUGUGUUUUGAACUCCACAGUAGUCAGGAGUAACUCAAACGAAUGGCUUGGAAGAGGACGAUGGAAGGGGACUUGACUUUGUUUGGAUGCUUAUAACACUUUAACCCCGGGACGACAGAAGGAGCAACAGGAAGAGAAGUUAUCAAGACCAUGGAAAUUGUCUUUAGUUGGUUGUGGAUUAUGAAGAUCUGAUGUCAGAUUCUUCAAGGAGUUGGAACUGGAGCACAGUUUGCAUUGAGAGUUUAGACCAGUCUUCUCCUGCUGGGUUGGAUCUUCAAUACAGAUCCUGGAGGGCAUUGACAAAGCAGGUCUCAGCCGUCUGUUUAUUAUUAGUGAUAUGAGUAACGGACUGUUCCAAACCAAGACGGUGGUUUGGUUUCCUCAGAGAGCUAAUUGAAACCCAGUUAGGACAUCUUGACUAAUUUAUGCCCAGUUGGACCUGAAGUGAGUUGCUCUGGCACAUGGCUUGGAGAGAAGGUUCAAAGCAAGUGUUUAGUGGUUGAGCUGGAUGAGGUAAUAUUGCCUAGUUUUGCAGGUGCAGAUUUUGAAUGAAGUUGAAUAAGCUAUUGGCAGAGUUCAAGGGUUGGACUGCGUUGAGUAGGACUGUUAAGAUGGGUUUGAUGUAGGUAAGAAGGGGAGAUAUAGGUAGUUGUUGGUAGACUAGUGCUUAAUGUUGGAGUGUGGCAUGAGGGUCAGUCUACUGCAGUGAUCGGGGACAGAAUUUGAAGGUUAUUUACAUAAGGUUGAGGUUGUUAAGAUCCAUGGUUAGGGUUGAGAGUGAGGGAGACACGGGUUGGUCACCAUGUUCCUGUAUUGGAAGAAGAGGGGUGCAUAUGAGCUGGAGACCCUCCCAUCCUACAUCAUUGAGCAGGGGGCAGAACGCUACUCCUGGUCCUCCUCAUUUGAGGUCAUCCAUGAUCUGUGCGACGAGAAGCCCGUUCAGGAGGAGGACUGGGUGGUGUGCCAGCACGCUGAAUGCCCCGACCGUCGACGAGCCUCGAAGGUGUGCCACCACUCGAACUGCCAGGACCUGAACAACAAGAGCCCACUUCAUCUGUGUGAGUCAUGUGACUCCCGCUGCCACCUGGAAGACACAGAAAACAUGCACUUUGACCGACACCCCCGCUUUGACCUGCAACCCCAAGGUUCCAUCCUGGCCCGGAACGUGUCAACGCGCUCCUGUCCCCCCCCCACCAGCCCCCCCUCUGACCUGGAGGAGGAGGACGAAGGGGCCAACAACCAAGGGGAGUGUAAAACUGGGGGUCUGAAGUUGGUGAAGAAGAAACCACGGCGACGGCACACAGAUGACCCCAGCAAGGAGUGCUUCAGCCUCAAGUUUGAUCUGAACAUGGACAUUGACACAGAGAUUGUCCCCGCUGUGAAAAAGAAGACCCUGAGGGAGGUGCUGGGCCCCGUGUUUGAGCGUAAAGGUAUUGAGUUAUCCCGGGUAGAUCUGUUCCUAGACCAGUCCAACACUCCGCUGUCCCUCAACUUUGAGGCCUACCGCUUCGGGGGCCACUAUCUCAAGGUCAAAGCGCGGCCAGGUGAUGAGCUGAAGGUGGAGCAGGGAGUGAAGGACCUGCGCUCGCUCAGUCUGCCCAACAUGAAACCCUCUGGGGGUCAGAGCCCCUACAUCCUCACUGCAGGCAGCGAGAGGGUGGAGCACGGAUCUCUGGGACGCAAGGAGAGCAACGUUGACCUACUGGGUCAGGCGCGUCGCAGGAAAAACAUGACAGAGUUCCUUGGGGACACCAGCAUCCCGUCUCCGGACUCCUUGGCCGGGCUGAGCGGCUCUCUGCCAGGCGUAGGCCCUGGACCGGACAGCUGGAAGAACCGUGCAGCCAGCCGCUUCUCUGGCUUCUUCAGCUCCAACGCUGUAGCAGGGGCUUUCGGAAAGGAAGUGGACCGCAUGGAGCAGCUCCAGAAUAAGCUGCAGUCGUACACUCUUUUUGGCCUUCCCAAGGUUCCUCCUCAGCUGUCCUUCCACCAGGACUCCUGGGAAGAGGAAGAAGAGGAGACAAGCUUUGCCCUGGAGGACAGCUGGACGCAGCUACUGGACAACCCUGAGACUUUGACCAGACGCCAGUUCCAUCAGCAGGAGGCUAUCUGGGAGCUUCUGCACACUGAGGCCACCUACAUCAAGAAACUACGAGUCAUCACUGAUUUGUUCCUGUGUGGGCUGUUGAACCUGCAGGAGAGUGGUCUCCUCACAGAGGUGGAGCCAAUGCGUCUCUUCAGUAACAUCCAGGACAUUGUGCGUCUACACACUGCCCUUUGGAGCCAGGUGAUGCUGCCCGCCCUGGAGAUUGCUCGGCUGGCCAGGAACCUUCUCAACCCUGUUGACCUCCACCAUGGCUUCAGGACCUUUGCCUCCCGUUUCAAGCCCUACAUCCGUUACUGCAUGGAGGAAGAGGCCAGCCUGGAGUACAUGAGAUCACUACACAGGGACAACGAGCUCUUCAGGAUCUACGUCACGUGGGCUGAGACUCAUAAGCAGUGUAACCGUCUUAAGCUGGCUGACAUGCUGGCCAAGCCCCACCAGAGACUCACCAAGUACCCCCUACUGCUGAAGGCUGUCCUCAAGAAGACUGACGACUCAUCAUCCCGCGACGCCGUCAGCAGCAUGGUGGCAUGUGUGGAGGGCUUCAUCAACAGUGUGGACUCUCAGAUGCGUCAGCGGGAGGAGCGGCAGAAGCUAGCCACCAUCUCUGGACGCAUUGACUCCUACGAAGCAGUGGAGGGGAGCAGCGAGGAGGUGGAGAAGAUCCUGCGUGAGUUUAACUGCUUUGACCUGAUGGCUCCUAUGAGAGGCACAUCACCAGAGGAGACCAGACAGCUCCAUCUAGAGGGGGCACUGCGCAUGAAGGAGGGCAAAGACAACAGGAUGGACGUGUACUGCUUCCUCUUCACGGACCUGCUGCUCAUCACCAAGCCAGUGAAGAGGGUUGAGAAGGUCAAGGUGAUCAGACAGCCCCUCCUCAUCCACAAUGUUGUCUGCAAGGAACUCAAGGACCCUGGGUCCUUAAUUAUCAUCUACCUCAAUGAGUUCAAGAAUGCCGUGGCAGCCUACACAUUCCAGGCCAACAGCGCCACCCAGGGGCGAAGCUGGGUAGAUGCCAUCUGCAACGUCCAGAACCAGCUCGAGAGACUGCGGACUGAGGAGGUUCUCAGGCAGCAGACCACCUUACAGCACCGGCUACAUGGAGAGGAAGAAGAGGAGGAGGUAGACGAGAGUAGCAACUCCACCGCCAGCUCAAGGCACAAAGACGAGCAGGGACCAAGUCAUUCGGACGGCUCCACAGAGACGCUGUCAGUCAUGGACAUAGGAGAAGACUUAGGAGGGCACCCAGACCCCUCCUCCCCACACACAGAUCCAGGCGGACCCUUAGAGAAAAGCCCAGACUCAUGCAUAGUUACCCCACCUACUGGGCCUGAGCCCCUGCACUGCCGCCCUGCUAGCCCCCUGGACCCAGACCGGGACCCUGAGCAAGAGCAGGAGGGGGGUCUGGAGGGUGGGGAGGGUCAGCUGGAACCUCAGUGUCGCUCUCUGUCCAUGGACAGUGCCUACGGUACCCUCUCCCCAGAGUCCCUCCUGAGAGAGCUGGACCUGCAGACACGGCCAGGCCAGAGCGAUGGAGAGGAGACAGAAGAGGAGGGAGAGGUGGAGAGCCACGAGGUGGGUGUGAAGUUGGACAAGAAGGUGGAAAUGGAACUGGUAGAGGAAGGAGGAGAGGAGGAGGAUUCAACCUCUGUUUGUUCCCAGCUGUCAGUGGUUCAGUCGCUGAAGCCUCGGCGACGCCCCCCAGUGACGGCCCGCCUCCACUGCUUCCAGAACCUAAACGUCAAGUCCCGCUCAGAGGACAACCUCCUACAGCUUUUCCACGACAACGUCUCUGUCUCCCGGAUACACACCCGCAGCCCUACAGCCCAGGACCAAUCAGAGCGCAGGAGAAAACAGGCGGAAUGCCUGACCCAUAGUAAGAGCCUAUCAGAACUUGGCGGAGCCCGUGACCUCACAGGGCUGUUUCAGAUUGACCUAGACUCAGAACAGACUGAUGAUGACUUCCUCACCCUGGGCAUGCCCUCUAGUAAGCUAUGUGACACCCUGAGGAGGGCAGAGGCCCGCAAGAGGGCUCUGGGUGCAGCUGAGGCCUGCGAAGGCAGAAGGAGCCUGGCCAACAGUAGCGGCUCGGCGGUGCCGCCAUCUAGAGGACAGAAAGGGAAGUGCAGUAAGUCGUUGACAGCCGGUGGCCCAGAGGAACAGUCAUUGGCCAAAAGCAGAAAGUCCCCGGCCCAGCAGCACAAGAAGCUGACCCUAGCCCAGCUCUAUAGGAUACGCACCACCCUAGUGCUCAACUCUACGCUCUCCGCGUCGGAGGUGUAACCACUGGCAGACAACAACCAACUAGUGACACCUGAGCAUGAAGAGGAACCACACUUGGUGGUGUCUGCAUGGAGGGGACUGAAUUCCUUGAAACAAAUGCACUCUCUGAUGCCUUUUCCCUUUACAUUGCCUGUUGGACAGUGUCUGCUGCACGGUUUUGCGAUCUGACAAUAAGAAUAUUAUUUGCUGUUGCAUUUGGUUUCAGUUUAUUGCGAGGGGAAAGGCAGAGAGACGUUUAAAUUCUUGCACUUUGAAACGGACGGACGUAGCGUUGAGGGGAGCCGAGGCUGGGACCUUUGGGUGGACUGGACAGUUACUGGUGUGGGGUAACACUCUACCGGCCUACCCAAUAAAAGGAGACUGUAAGAGGGGUCGUCCAGGCAUAGAUCUACCUGCUUCACUCUGCUAUGGAUCGGACUGGAUCAGAGAAUAUGUAGGAAAGGCUUGGGUGGCCCAAAAACUCUUAACUCUUAAGUUAUGGGGAAAAAAGGGCACAGUUCCUGAAAUAUACCUGCUCUCUAGAAUGUGGUUGAAUAUAACGGCUCUCUAGAAUGUGGUUGAAAAUAACGGCUCUCUAGAAUGUGGUUGAAAAUACCAGCUCUCUAGAAUGUGGUUGAAAAUAACGGCUCUCUAGAAUGUGGUUGAAAAUAACGGCUCUCUAGAAUGUGGUUGAAAAUACCAGCUCUCUAGAAUGUGGUUGAAAAUAACGGCUCUCUAGAAUGUGGUUGAAAAUAACGGCUCUCUAGAAUGUGGUUGAAAAUAACGGCUCUCUAGAAUGUGGUUGAAAAUACCGGCUCUCUAGAAUGUGGUUGAAAAUAACGGCUCUCUAGAAUGUGGUUGAAAAUAACGGCUCUCUAGAAUGUGGUUGAAAAUAACGGCUCUCUAGAAUGUGGUUGAAAAUACCGGCUCUCUAGAAUGUGGUUGAAUAUAACGGCUCUCUAGAAUGUGGUUGAAUAUAACGGCUCUCUAGAAUGUGGUUGAAAAUAACGGCUCUCUAGAAUGUGGUUGAAUAUAACGGCUCUAUAGAAUGUGGUUGAAAAUAACGGCUCUCUAGAAUGUGGUUGAAAAUAACGGCUCUCUAGAAUGUGGUUGAAAAUACCGGCUCUCUAGAAUGUGGUUGAAUAUAACGGCUCUCUAGAAUGUGGUUGAAAAUAACGGCUCUCUAGAAUGUGGUUGAAAAUAACGGCUCUCUAGAAUGUGGUUGAAAAUAACGGCUCUCUAGAAUGUGGUUGAAAAUAACGGCUCUCUAGAAUGUGGUUGAAAAUACCAGCUCUCUAGAAUGUGGUUGAAAAUAACGGCUCUCUAGAAUGUGGUUGAAAAUAACGGCUCUCUAGAAUGUGGUUGAAAAUAACGGCUCUCUAGAAUGUGGUUGAAAAUAACGGCUCUCUAGAAUGUGGUUGAAAAUAACGGCUCUCUAGAAUGUGGUUGAAAAUAACGGCUCUCUAGAAUGUGGUUGAAAAUAACGGCUCUCUAGAAUGUGGUUGAAAAUAACGGCUCUCUAGAAUGUGGUUGAAAAUAACGGCUCUCUAGAAUGUGGUUGAAAAUAACGGCUCUCUAGAAUGUGGUUGAAAAUAACGGCUCUCUAGAAUGUGGUUGAAAAUAACGGCUCUCUAGAAUGUGGUUGAAUAUAACGGCUCUCUAGAAUGUGGUUGAAAAUAAUGGCUCUCUAGAAUGUGGUUGAAAAUAACGGCUCUCUAGAAUGUGGUUGAUGAAUUGUAGCAUUUAGGAUGUCAUGGUAUUUGUACUACUCCUGGUUUGCUUUGACAAAACAAUACAUGUUGCACAAUGGUGUCUGUGUUAAAUAGAAGAAUCACAAAGGGAAUUACUUUACAUUCACAGUGCACACUUUGAACUUGCUGUGUGUGUGUGUGUGUGUGUGUGUGUGUGUGUGUGUGUGUGUGUGUGUGUGUGUGUGUGUGUGUGUGUGUGUGUGUGUGUGUGUGUGUGUGUGUGUGUGUGUGUGUGUGUGUGUGUGUUUGAAUGAUACAUUGUCCUAAACUCCUGACUGAACCAAAAAGAUUUCCAUCAUGAUUUCAUCCUCUGUGACUAAUGCUAACAUACCCAAAGAUGUAAAGACCUGACUAGCCAGUAGAUUUCAAACUAAAGGUUAACUUACAAGUGUUCAAACAAACAGAACAUAAUGUAUUACUGUAUGUUAUCAACUGCUGUGUGUUUUCAAAUGUACACAGACAACUAUUCAUUUUUCAAAGUGGCUGCGUUUAAGACAUGGAGUAUUCUCUGGGCUUUGUAUUUUCUACUGGGCUGCUGCAGCCAUUUUUUCAAUUAAUAGUAUGAUUUAGCUAUGAUGAUGAUGAUGAUGAUGAUGAUCUGGUUUUCCAUUCUCAGAUGAACCCUUGGUUAUUGGGUGGAAUGGAGUUGUUUUGAGGAAACAUUACUGCACCAAUGUAGAACGAUGUGAGCAUGCACUCACAACCUGCAGCCUACAUUAGAACAAACACAAGUGCAGCAGGUAGAAUGUGGUGAUUGUAAAAGAGCAGUCUAUACUAAAAAGUAUUCCAUGUCAUGAUGAGCUUGGAGCACUUUUUUGAGACAUUGCAUAUUUUGUGUUUAUUUAAUGUACAGUAACUUAGAAAUUGAAAACAAUGGUUUGGGGUUGCAUAUUAUUCGUGAAUGAGUUGUUUUCUUUGAAUGGUUUUCUGUCCACACUAAUAGGAGAAGUGAUUUGGUGGGAGCAUUGACCACCAUAGUAGACUGACAUGGUCUAACUGACAUUCAGCUUGUUCUUAUUGAUGAUUUAAUGAGUUGUCGAAAAACCCUCCUUGUCAAAUGUUUCCCAAACUAAAUAGUUUAACAUUUGUUUACUUCUAGUUUUUGUUUAUUUGUAAUAUUUAAUUUAUUAACAUUGCUAUGUUUUAUAUAUAUAUAUAUAUAUAUAUAUAUAUAUAUAUAUAUAUAUAUAUAUAUAUAAAUUGUUUGUUUGAUUUUAUGACUUGUACAUUUUGUCUGUGUAGUCUUAAUAUUUCGUUUUUUGUUUUUUAUAUUUCAGGAAUGAUGAGUCUGCUAUGAACCAAAACCAUUUGUUUUCCCUUUCAGGAAUGUCUCUAAAGUGUCUUACCAAAUAAAAAAUGAUCAUCAA